AUGGCAGCCCAGCGCGUAUCCCAGAUUGUAUCCCAGUUGAAUCCUCUGGCCAGUCCUGUCGACAAGAUCACCCAAAAGAACCCCGACGAUGUAGUCAUCACGCUUGCGAUCCGGACUCCUCUGACCAAGGCUGGUCGCGGUGCCAUGAAAGACACGGGUCUCGACGAGAUGGUCUUCAAGCUGCUCGAGCAAGUCAAUGCCCGCUCCAAUCUCGAUCCCAAGCACGUGGAAGAUAUCUGUCUGGGGAAUGUUCGUGAGGGCAGCGCCGCCUACUACGUACGAGCAGCAGCCCUGGCAGCAGGCUUUCCUCACACCUGUGCUGCCUCUGCCAGUGCCCGUUUCUGCUCUUCGGGCCUCACUGCCACGCAGCACAUUGCCACCUCUAUUCAAACAGGCAUCAUCGAGUGUGGAAUUGCCGUGGGCGCAGAGCUGCUCAGUGACAACCGUCCCCGACUGGAGCGACCGUUUGCGGAUGAGAUUAUGGCCAAUGCCGAGGCCAAGGACUGCAUGAUUCCCAUGGGUGGUACUUCGGAGAUUGUCGCCCAAGAGUUCAACAUCAGCCGUGAGAAGCAAGACGAAUAUGCAGCCGAGUCCUACCGCCGUGCCGAAGCCGCCGAUAAAGCAGGCCUCUUCCAAGACGAGCUCGUCCCCAUCACCGUCACUCUAAAUGGCCAAAAAACAACCAUUUCCAAAGACGAAAUUCGCUACGGCACCACUUACGAGAAAAUCUCCAAACUCCCCGGUGCCUUUCCACAAUACGGUAACCGCAGUACCGCCGGCAACAGUUCCCAAGUCACAGAUGGCGCCGCAGCCCUCCUUCUCAUGAAACGUUCCAAAGCCCUCGAACUCCAGCAACCCAUUCUCGCCAAAUACGUCGCCACCACUCUCGCCGGUCUGCCCCCACGCAUCAUGGGCAUCGGCCCCUCCAUCGCCAUUCCAAAACUUCUCGCGCAAUUCCACCUCGAUCUCCAUCGCGAUAUUGAUCUCGUGGAAAUUAAUGAGGCGUUUGCUUCCAUGGCUGUGUAUUGUCGCGAUACACUGCGUCUGGAUUGGGAGAAGAUGAAUCCGAGAGGUGGUGCGAUUGCUCUUGGUCAUCCGUUUGGUAUGACGGGUGUUAGACAGAUUGUUACGGGGUUGAGUGAGGCUAGACAAAGGAAGAAGAGGGUGCUGCUGACGAGUAUGUGUUUGGGGACGGGUAUGGGUAUGGCUGGGUUGUUUGUGAAUGAACAGGUUUGAGGAUUUGGAUGAUGAGUGAUGAAUGAUGAAUGAUGGGAAUGUGGAAGCGUCGAGGAUGAUCAAGAGGGUAAGGUACCUACCUAGGCCAAACGAAGGGGAUUUCCGUAUUUUUUAAAUUUUUGGGGAAGAAUCAUGAAUUGAUGUAUCAGAGACUGCGUGCACUAU